CUCUUCAUAUUUCUUUGCAGCCAUUUACCGGAGGAGUUCAGGAAUCCUGACACCUUAAAAUGGAUGCUACAAAAUCCACAAUAUCGUCAACAACUUGAGGAGAUGCUGAAUAAUAUGACCGGAAGCAGCGAAUGGGACAAGAGAAUGAUGGAUUCCUUGAAAAAUUUUGAUCUUAACAGUCCUGAUGUUAAGCAGCAGUUUGAUCAAAUUGGGCUUUCACCUGAAGAAACUAUUGCAAAAAUAAUGGCCAACCCUGAAGUUGCCCAGGCCUUUCAAAACCCAAGAGUCCAAGCAGCAAUCAUGGAUUGUUCACAGAACCCACUGAGCAUUGCAAAAUAUCAAAAUGACAAGGAGGUUAUGGAUCUUUUCAAUAAAUUAACCGAACUCUUCCCUGGAGUGACCGGUCCACCAUGAUUGUCUUGGUUCAUUCACAGUUACUCGAUGGUGGAGUAGAAAUGCUCAUUAUUUGUUCUUCAUGACCAAGGUGGUAGAACAAAACCCUAAAUCUAAAGCAUGCAUGAGUGAAGUUCUAAAUUUUGACCAGUUCUUGUAGACUUAAUUCAGCUAAGAGUUCCCUCGCCUCAUCAUCCCAUGGUCUGAAUAUGUAGAUGGUUGAAUAAGUUUGCUAGUUGUGAUCAGUUAGUUAAACUCUUAUUUUGUUGUACUUAAUGCAAUAAAUUUGCUUGCAUAGCAAAAUACCUCUUGAUAAUGUCAUGGGAUUUAUCUCU